GUCUAAGUAGACAAGGACAAGCAGAAUAUCCCUAUUACCUUUAAAAAUUUAAUCACUUACCGGUAAUGGUAUUCUUGUAUUAGAUCUCAUGGGUUAAUUGAGUAAUUUUUAUUAAUAAAUUGAUGCAUUUCAUUUUAUAUUAUCAAGACUUACAUACCUUUUAUAAAUAUAAAUAUUGAUUUAAAAUAAAGCCUAAUCAAAGAUAUAAUUAAAAUACAAUAAAAAGUUUUUUUUCCUCUUUACAAAUAAUAAUUUUUCCAAUUUUUUCUCCUCAUAAUUGUUUUAAAACAAAAACUCCAAUAAAAUUAUAUAAAAAAAAGUCUUGAUCUACUUUAAAAUUUUUGUUGCUCUUAGAAAAGUUUAGAAAAAAAUCUUAACUCCACUUCUAUAAAAGAUAGAAGAAUAAGAUUAUAUUUAUAGUUUAUAUACAAUAUUAUUAAUCAGUUGAUAAUAAAUAUAACCUUAUAGAUAAUGAUUUGGCUUACUUUACUAUAUUAUAAUGUAACAGUUUGGGAGUGUGCAGAGAAAUUUAUAAAAAUUAUAACAUGAUCUAUUAAAUUACAUUAACUAUUAUGUUAAAUUUAUUAGAGAAAUAGUUUAGUCGGCUAUAAACUUCUCAUCGCUUAAAUAGUGAAGAACACCAAAAAAGUCAUUAAAAUGAUAAGUUUUAUGACUUUGAAAAAAUGAAAAUAUCUUCAAAUAAUUCCUAGGAGACUUCUUGCUUUCCUGAUAUUUUGCUGUGGGUUAAUUGACUACGAAAUCGACCAAAGCACCACUCUCUUACCCCGGUUGAGAUAUUUCCUCUCAGUUUUCAUUCACCCUGUUACGCACUGGCUUCUAAUAUGAGAAAUUAAUCUCCUAUUUUAAUUUUAUUGGCUCGUUGUAAACAGUGCCUAACAAAGGACGAUACCAUAGAGUCAACAAUAGUAAAGAUACGACACUCAAAACAGUUGCCAGUUACAAUUAAUAAGAUUUAUUAUGUCUUAAGAUAAUUACAAAAGAAAAGAAAAUAUAAUGACGUUCUUCAACUUACAGUAUGGUAGAUCUUUUACCGGUACACAGUUAAUACAGUUAGAAUAAUGUGCCAAUGAAUAAUGAUGAAUGCGAAAUGAACACAUAUGAGCACACAAAGAAUAAUACAAUUGUCUCGUAAAGUAAAAAAAAAAAUGUCUGAAUCUCUCCCUCUCUCCGUGCCUGUCAAUCCCUUUAUAUAUGCAGCGUAAGCCCUGCCUUCCAGAAGCUACUCAGCAUUUCUUUACAUUUCUAGAACAAAUCGCGAAUGUUCGACAAGAUACUAGCAGACAUACUAACCAUAUUUAAUUGGUCGUCGGUAAUAAACACGAUACAUCAAAGAGAUAAGCUACGCCCAUCUAUAAACGUAGCAUGUGCUAGGAAUCUAAUUUGGGUCAAGCAAAGUUCACGCACGGGGAAAAAGUGUCACACAACAAUUGUUUAGCUAAACUAUUUAUUGUUGAGAAAAACUAUUUAUAUAUUGUUGAGAAAAACUAUUUUAUUGAUUGUUGAGAUAAACUAUUUAUUUAUUGUUGAGAUAAACUAUUUAUUUAUUGCUCUGCAGUAUUUUUAAAAAUAUUUUAAAAAAAUAUUUAAUCAUACUUUAAUUUUAUGUGGACAAGCAAUACAAUGUUAACAUUUUAAUAAAUGGUUUUGCUACAUAACAAUAUAUUAAUUUAGAUAUUGUAUUUUGAUAUUAAGCAAUUAAUCUUGUUGAUUUUUAUAUUUAAAGAUACAUUAGUUUAGUAAUUUUUUUAUAUUUAACGAUAUAUUAAUUUAAGUAAUUUGCUUUGAUAUUUAUCAAAUCAUUAAAUGUAACAAAUUUGCUUUGAUACUUAAAAUGGCCUUUACAAAAGUUGUUCAUGAUCUAUUCAGAGUUGAGUAUGAUGAGCUAACGACUAACACGUACUACAUUCAUGCAUUCUGACCUGGGUAAUGUACUCAACCGCCUAAGGGGUCAUGAAGGCGCCUCCACAGGUCUGUGUCAUUAAACACUGAGAUUUUCAAAAUAUGAAAUAAAGUUGACGGCCAGGGAUGUCAAUAAACGAGUCAAUUUCUUAACAUUACCGAUAAGAAGAAUUCUCUUUUAAAAGCCACCUUUGGGUGUCAAAUGUUAACCUUCUGAAGGAAAUACAGAAUAAAGUGAAUCUAAAUAUUACCCAGCCGAACUGAAUUAAUCUUGAGUAAUUUAUGGUCAAGUUAAAAUUAAAAUAAGAUACUUUUUAAGGAUUUGGUGUUAAAAAAAGGAAAAUAUCGUUUCUAAAUUGUUGAAUAAUUGUCUCUCAGAUUUUCAUGUCGGAGACACAACAAAGGAACAUGCUUUGAACACAAACUUGGGAAAAUUAAGAUGGAAGAAUUGUGAGACAAAUCCAGGUCACAAGGACUUUAUACCUGUCAAAGAAUUUGGACUUAAUCAUCUUCCAGAAGGACAUAGAAACGAGACAAUUCUGAAAAGAAUUAAAUGCUUAGCUGAUUUGACUUGUCGUUUAACGGUCUGCAAAAAGAGCAGCAACAGACCAAAAGACAACACACUCUUUUGUGACGUUGGAGAGCAGCGAAUGGCCACGGGGACUGUGAUUGAAAUCGUAAAAACCAAAUUAGCGAAAACUAAACAGUGCGAACACUGUAGAGGAUCACACACAUUUUCAAAAGGGUUUCAUGUAAUUAGAAUUAUGACCGCCUGCCAUGUCGUGUUUGACUGUGAAGAAGCAGAAAACACAACAAUAGAUUUAUUUUAUGACGAUGAAAUUGACACUGAAGGCAUACAGAGAUUGGAAGGGUUUCGGGUGAAGUCGAGGAAUAUUGAUUUAGACCAGUGUGUUUUUGAAUGCACCACAAAGGACGUUAAGUUAGUAAAUUUAUUGGAAGAAAAAUUAAUAACAUUUAACAAUUUAACAAAAAGUAGUCCAUCCGCUGGUACUGUUCCGUGCGAGAUCAUUGCUUCACACCCACACGGCCUAUCGAAGCACAUCAGUGUUGGUGUGUCAAAGCACAUCAAUGUUGGUGUGUCAAAGGAUAAACAUGACCUAACACUAACAGGAAAUUCUGGGCAUUUUCAUAGGAAAUUUCCAAUGAAGUGUUAUGAAGACAAGGUCGAGAUUUCUUUAUUCCUAUCCACGGAUUCGAUCAUUGUCUCAAAUAAACCAGGUGAGUGACAGAUAAUUUCUAUUCCAAGGGUUCUCAAACUACACCAGGUAUCCUUAAAGUGGCCCAGUAAUGGACACAUUUGGAGCCUGGCAUUGACUAUCCAUUUAGCCAACAGACCAAUAAUUUCCAUUUAAAUAAGGAUAAGAUAUUGAUUGAAAUUGUUCUUCAUUAAAAGUAUUUGUUUUCUUUUUCUUUUGAACAGUCAAUAAGAAAUUUACAUCGACCAUAAUAAUUAGUUGAUUAUAUUAUAUUAUUUCAAGCAAUAUUCCGGUCCGCAGCAGUUGCUAAGUAGAACCCCCCCCCCCCAACAACUUUUAAAAAAAUUAGAGGAUCCCUGGUAUUCAUUUACACUCAUCCUAUUCCAUGGUAUUGUUCUUCAAUGAUUAAACGAUACUUUCCUAGUUUCCUACUUAACUUUAUCAUUUUGCAAAAUGCCAUGUUGCUUUAAUAAAAUCAUCACGUAUGUCAUCUGACAUUUCUGGAUCUUCGUCUUCCACCCCACAGUUUCAGAAUUUGCUGGCAUCCAGUGCGAUGUGUUUUUUCCUGAUUCAACCACUCAGAAGUGUCAUUUAUGGAAGUGGGACGAGGAAGUUCGCAGUGUAAGAUUAAAAUGUUUAAUCCUUUACACGAAGCUAACAUUCCCAAUAUAUGCGAAUAUUUUGUCAUACUUUACAUUGUAUAAAAAAAGACACACACAGUCCCACACACAAAGUCAGACACAGACAGACACACACAGAUACACAGGCAUACACACACAGACAGGCACACAGAGACAUCACAAACAGACACAUAUUAAUAUAAUUGCAUUUUCUGAUUCAUCUACUCAAAUGACAAUUGUUAUGAACGUUGCAGACCAAGGCUUUCCUCAUAGGUGAAGCAGGGAUACACGAAGAUCCAAACAAUUUCUACCUUGAGUUGAUGCUGCCCAAUGAAGCAAGCCAAAUCAUGAGGGAUGACAACUAUCUAGAAUAUUACAAAGACGAUGUAACUAGCGCUUUUUGCAUUUAUGUAAAAAGAUUAGAUUAAUUUUCAAAUAACUCGAUUAAUUUUAUUUAGUUUCCUUAAAAUAAAUACAGAGGCGUCGCUAGUGUUGGGGCCGCCGAAGAGGUAAAAUUAUUGGUUCACACCCUUCCAUUUUUCCCCGGCCGUCCCCCGCCCUGCACCGAGUUAUUCUUAACCAGAUCUUACAUCGUUCAUAGUGUUGUUCUUAAGUUUAGUUCUUCUUCUUCUUCUUUAUUUAAAGGGCCCACGAUCAAUGAAUUGAUCAUUCUGGCUCCUAUGUUUCAGAGGGGUUUGCGAUGUUACUGUCCAUGGGUUUCAAUGGGAUACUUCACUGGUUGCAAGGGCGACUCAGCAGUGGUGUUAUGAACUGGGGGUUGGAAUACAGGAGGCAAUAGACACAAAUGUAUCGAGUGUAGCCGCCUCAACUGUUGCUUUUGGAAGCUUGUUCCAGUCCCCUAUUGUCUUCGGCAGGAAUGAGGAGCUUCUGUACUUCGUUCUUGUUUUUACCAGCCGGAACUGUUUGUCGUGACUUCGUCGCAGUCUGGGGGGAAGAUGAACGAGUUUCUGUUUGAUUCCGGAGCAGUGCACCAGCCCAUUUGUUAUCUUGUACAACAUGGUGAGCCUGGAUAGUCGUCGUCGUUCUUCCAAUGUCGACCAGCCCAGUGUUUCCAGCAUGCUGCCAACACUCGAGGUGCUUCUGUAGCGGUUCAUGACAAAGCGUGCUGCCCGUCGCUGGACCGCCUCCAACCUGUCGAUGCUUUUCUGGGUAAAUGGGUCCCAGACUGUAGAAGCAUACUCUAAAAUAGGUCGGACAAAGGCUUUAUAGGCUUUUUCUUUCACGCUUGAGUUGCCGAUCUUCAGAUUGCGCCUUAGGAACCCCAGGGUCUUGUUUGCCCGGUUGCACACACUGUUAAUGUGCUCGUCCCAGCGGACCUCUCUUUGGAUGGUAACACCCAAGUACUUAACGGAGGAAACUGGCUCAAGAAUAUGGCCAUGCAGUUCGUAAGAGUGGUUUAGAGGGAACCUGCUUCUGGAGACUGACAGGGUCUGGCACUUGACGGGAUGAAAUUCCAUGUCCCAGCUCAUCUCCCACUCAGCUAACCGAUUGAGGUCUUGUUGAAGCUGGCUCUGGUCAGAGCUGUUGACCAUUGUCCUAUAUACCGCCGUGUCGUCUGCGAAAAGUCUUGCUUGAGAGGUCAGCUUCUCGGGCAGAUCAUUGAUAUAUGCUAGGAACAAACAAGGGCCUAGCACUGAGCCCUGGGGGACCCCUGACUUAACACCGACAAAGGAGGAGGUUUUGCCAUCUACCACUACUGCCUGGCAUCGGUCGCUGAGGAAGCUAGAGAUCCAUGUUUUGGUAGUGCCUUGGAUCCCAUAUCUAUGCAGUUUGUGCAAUAGCAAGCUAUGGUUGACACGGUCAAACGCUUUUGAAAAGUCCAGCACAAGCACAUCAGUCUGCUUGCUGUUCUCCAAGUUGGUCGUCAACUCUUCAGCAAAUUCAAGGAGUUGGGUCUCGCAUGAUCUGUUGACUCGAAAGCCAUGCUGACAGUCAUUGAGUAUAUUAUUUCUCUCCAGGUAAGAGUUAGUUCAUAAGUAACAGAAGACAUAAGCAACUAAAAACAUAAGUAACAGAAGACAUAAGCAACUGAAGACAUAAGCAACUGAAGACAUAAGCAACUGAAGACAUAAGCAACUGAAGACAUAAGCAA